AUGGCCUCAAAAUCUACUUAUCACAUUAGAUCAAUUAGUUUGCCUUGCAGAUCACAUCCUACAACUCUUGCUGUUGAAGAGGAGUUGAACAGGUUCGCAUCAUGGGAAGCAUCAUCAACUUCAGAGGCAAUCUGCAAAGAUUUAUGCAGAUUGGCUGAGUUGUAUAAAUGCAUGGAUGAUGUUCUCAACUUGCCUCUGAACAUUCAAUCACUGUCUCAACAUCAAAAGCAAAAAUGGGGUGAGCAGUUGUUGGAUAAUUCAGUCAGAAUCUUGGAUAUCUGUGGCAUUACCAGGGAGAUUGUUUCACAAUUCAAGGAAAAUGUUAAAGAUCUCCAGUCUUCUUUAAGGAGAAGAAAAGGAGAUUCAAGCACGGAAACAAGCGUUACCAAAUACACUUGCUUCAGAAAGAAGAUGAAGAAAGAUGCCAAAAGAUCAAUUGCAGCAUUGAAACAAAUAGAUCAUGAGAUCAGUGCUUCAGCAAUCAUGGAUCUUGAUGAUCAACAUAUUUCUUCAGUGAUUAGAGUACUAAGAGAAGUUAACACAACCAGCAUCGCCAUUUUCCAAAAUGUCUUGCUUUUCUUGACUUCUCAAUCACCCAAGUCAAAGCCAAGCAAAUGGUCACUGGUUUCAAGACUAGUAAACAAGAAAAAGGUGGGAUUUGAAGAUCAACAAGAAGUUGAGAAUGAGUUCGAAAGUGUAGAUUCAGCCCUACACAGCCUUUGCAGAAAUGAUCAAAGUGAAAAUGAAAAGAUCCAGUCGGUGCAAAACAGAUUGGAGACCUUGGAGGCUAGCAUUGAGGGUCUUGAGAAUGGAUUGGAGGGCUUGUUUAGGUGCCUAAUCAGAUCAAGGACCUCUCUGCUAAACAUCAUCUCAUGCUAA